UUUAAUUUCUUGUUGUGAACGUACCCCUGGAUGUAUCAUUUUAGGCUGCAUUCUCCACCCGAGUGCACUCGCUGCAUUGGAGUGAAAGGGUGAGAUAAAGAGUGAGUUAAAGAGAAAAAGAAAGCACCCGGGUGGGAAAUCUGAACAUGCCUUUAGCCGUUAUUUCCCCCCUGAACGCACCGCGGAAGAGGAAAUAAAAACAACAGAUCACUUCCUGUUUAUAAGUAUGUAUGUACGCGAUUGGAUGUUAGAUCCUUUAAUUGUUGCAAUUACUCACUUUUAAACGUAGUUUCAUUCAGCAGCAUUUGCAGAUUUAAAUAACAAACAAAACGUCUGUUAUGAGAAAAAAAAUUCAGUUUAUUUGUUUAUCUGAUCGUUUCCUCAUUCGAUUCUGUUCAAGUUUCCUGCUUGAGAAACAUGACAUCCACAAUGAGAUUUCAAGUUCCUGUCAAAAUUUCGUUGGAAAAUCCUAAUGAUGUGUAUCUUCAUGAUUUGCAAUUUUAUCAAAAUGCUCCAUUCGGCACGGCAACAUUAGAUGAGUUGCGAGAAAUCAGUGAAACGCGACUUAAAGUUCUCUCCUUAGUGGAACGUGUACAUUUACAAAAAUUGACAAUGUCCAUAUCACAACGCAGAGCUAUGCUUGUUAAGGAGUUACAAAAAGAAAAACUGGAUGAAUUUGCAAAAUUGAUCGACAGUCCUGGUUGCAAAUCACAUACAGAUAUAGAUAUACAUGCAAGAAGAAGGGAUCAUAUAUCUCAUUUUGUAUUAAGAUCUGCAGUUGCCUUUAAUGCACUUAAGAAACGCUGGUUUUUCAAACAAGAAGCAAGAUUAUUCAAAUGGAGAUUCUCAUCAUUGGAUAGUAAGGGAAUCAAGCAGUUUAUGAGCAUUAAUAAUCUCAAUUUUACACUGAUAAGCGAAAGUGAAAAAGAAGAUAUCAGAGAAUAUCUUCAAAUGUCUUCUCCAUAUGUUAGUGAUAUUGACAAUAUACAAUUUUAUAGAGUAUCUUUUGUUCAUACAACCAAUUUGAUUAAAAAACGUAAGGUUUUCAUUAAGGAAGGUGAUGCUUUUGUACCUGAAGAAGAAAUGGCAUUUGUAUUUGUGUCAUAUUUUAAGAGAAUUCUUGUAUCAAGUUUUGAAAAUGCACGAGAAGCUAGAGCUAAUUUGUAUGAUGAUGAGAGGCUCACUCAGAUUUUUGCCUAUUUAGAAAAUAAUAUUCAUACUGAAAGUACUGUGCUAGUACAGGAUCUAGAGAUACAACAAUACGUUUCGUUGGACAACUUGGAUAAGCUUGCAGAAACCUCAUAUCCUCUUUGUAUGAGAGUGCUUCAUAAAGCACUGAGAAAGAAUCAUCAUCUUACUCAUGGUGGCAGAAUACAAUACUGUUUGUUUCUGAAAGGCAUAGGACUUUCUUUGUCUGAUGCGAUAAUUUUUUGGAAAAACGAAUUUAUAAAAGUAAUGGACGAGAUUAGAUUUAACAAAGAACACAGCUAUAACAUAAGAUUUAUCUUUGGCUUGGAAGGUAGUCGACGAGAUUAUCAACCUUACACGUGCCUAAGAAUUAUGGAAUCGAUUGUUGGACCGAGAGAUUAUCACGGAUGCCCUUUCAAACAUAUGCUGCAUGAUAUACUUGAAGAUGAACUUAUGGAUUGCGGUUUUGAUGCAUUAGAGAGAUCAGCGAUAAUGAACUUGUCGAAAGACGGUCAAUAUUCUGCAGCAUGUAACAAAUAUUAUGAGAUAAAACAUAACUGUUUGAAUGAUACCUUGUUCAAGCAUCCGAAUAUAUAUUUCAACAACAGUGUCAAACAUUGUACUUCAUAUCAUGAAAUAGGAGAUACAUGAUAAUGUAUAUGUUGUUAUACGAAAUGAGACCAUCUGGAGAAGCUAGAACUAUUAGGACCGUUACGAAUUAUAUUUCAUAUCAACACAGUGUAUAAUGUUUUUUAUACAAACGUUCUUUAUCCCUGAUUA